CUUAAACGAAGCAAAAUCUUGAAGGAAAAAGAAAAAUUGCUAAUGAAAAUCGUUAAUUUAGAAUAGUUAUAGUAUGCCACCACUUCAUCACAAGCUUUAGUAACAAAUGAACCAAACUAUUGCAGAUAUUGAAUGAGCAAACAACAAGGAAGACUCCAGCUUAUACGAUAAAAUAAACAAAACUAAAUAUUUAUGUUUGUGCGACUACAUUUUUACAAACGUAAAUCAAAUACAUGUCUAGACAGUUAACAAUUGGUGACGUCUUUUUUAUUAAGCAUAACGAUAAUAGUAACUUCUCUUAAUCUAACCAAAGAUGGAAUUUGUUUCUCUUUGUACAGGAAAAAAAUUUAAAAAGCAGUGUGCAAAAGUUCAUGGACGAAUAAUAGGAGAUGUGUCGGUUUACGGACCAAACUCGGAUACCUUUUACUCAGGAGGUUAUUAUAACAUACCUGGCGAAGAGCAAUGGUUUUUGAACGUUAUGAAGGAUAUUAGAGCCCAUAAUGUAAUAGAAGGAAAAAUCAAUGCAAAAAAGAGCAAAAGAUACCUUGUAACUUGGGAUGGCCCUGAUGACCCUCUAAAUCCUAGAAAUUGGUCUCGAAUAAAAAAAUGGUGGAUAAUUAUUCAAAUUUGUAUCAUAACCAUUACAGUUACGUUUUCAUCUAGUGUUUACUCAGCUGGAGUUCCCAAUGUGGCACAAACUUUCCAUUCAUCCAUUCCUGUUGCAUCCCUUGGCACUUGUACUUACCUGGUAGGCUUCGCCAUGGGUUCUUUACCAUUUGCACCUCUGAGCGGUAUCUAUGGACGACUUAUUGUUUAUAUUAUUACUCUAUUAAUCUUUACUUUGUUUCAAAUAGGUGGUGGCGUGGCUCAGAAUAUUUGGGUGAUACCUAUAAUACGUUAUUUUCAAGGUUUCUUUGGUAGUACACCCUUAGCUAAUAGCCUAGGAACUGUCAGUGACAUCUAUAGUCCAGUAGAGUAUACAUUUACUGUCCCUGUCGUUUGUGCUUUCCCUUUUCUCGGUCCGGUCAUAGGGCCUAUCAUCGGUGACUUCAUAGCUCAAAGUCACCUUGGAUGGAGAUGGACAUUUUGGAUCACUAUGAUACUUUCAGGAUCUGUUGUUUUGCUUAUUAUGUUUACUCUUCCAGAAACGCACGCAAACACAAUUCUCUACUAUAAGGCUCGCUAUCUUCGUGAAUUGACAAAAAACCCUUUAUGGUAUUCAGGCAAUGAAAAGCAACGUGAUCCCAAGAGAGCAAUUGUACGAGCGUUCACAAAUUCUAUUUCGUUGCUAAUAUCAGAACCAAUUGUUGUUUGCUUUACCCUUUAUGUAACUAUUCUGUUCGUUAUUGUUUACAUCAACUUUGAAAGCUACCCUGUUGUGUACUCUCAGUAUAAUUUCAACCAGGGUGAGCAGGGUCUUUCGUUUAUUGGUAUAGGUAUUGGUAUUGUUUUGGCUGCUUCUUUCACUCCAAUCACAUACUAUAAAUAUUCGAAAGCUUACAAAAAGAUGAAUGGAAAGGUUCCUCCGGAGUAUCGAAUAUAUCCACUCUUUAUUGGAUGCUUUCUUUUACCAAUAGGCUUAUUUUGGUUUGCUUGGACAUGUUAUCCCAAUAGAAUCCACUGGAUAGUUCCCAUGAUUUCUAGCGUAUUUUUUGGAGCUUCGUUGUUAGUUAUUUUCUCAACCAUGUUUACCUAUUUCGUUGAUACUUAUCAAUCUAUGGCGCCCAAUGCAAUGGCCGCCGCUACGCUCGUGCGAUACCUGGCUAGCGGAGGAAUGACUAUGGUUGCACGACCAAUGUAUCAUAAUUUGGGUAAUCAUUGGGCUACAACGGUGCUUGGUUUUAUUUCCGCUGCUAUGAUUCCCAUUCCUUUUGUGUUUUUUAAAUACGGCCAAAAAAUACGAUCGCAUAGUAAGUAUGCUUCCAAAGGAUAAAGUUGAGAAAAAAGAAAAACAAAAUUAGGAAAAAAGAAACUUGGAUCAUUUUUACAUUCUUCUAUCAUUUAUAAUUUAGCAUUUAGAGGUAAAAGAAGUUAGCAUAAUAAAUUAACUUUAUAAAGAAGAC